GAGCAAAGUAUCCCAUUCCCACCCCCUUUUCCGCAUCAUCACGCUGCCCUCCGUUUAUUCCCUCCCUCCCUCUCUCCCCUUCUACUAGUUCCCGUGCCUUGUCCCCACCCACUCCUCUCCCGCCGCCUCCUACCGAUCCUCGCGGCGAGCGAGCUCCGCCACCUCCGGCCUCCAAUGGCGCUCCCUUACCUGGAGGCCGUGCUGUGCUUUAUGAUUCUCAUGUACAUAUUUGAGACAUAUCUUGACAUCCGUCAGCAUAGAGCCCUUAAAUUGCCAACACUGCCAAAACCCCUGGUAGGAGUAAUUAGUGGUGAAAAGUUUGAGCGGUCCAGAGCUUAUAGCCUUGACAAAAGCAAAUUCCAUUUUAUCCAUGAAGCUGUAACUAUAUUAAUGGAUACCACAAUUCUGUACUAUAGAGUUCUUCCUUGGUUUUGGAAGAAAUCUGGAGAGCUAGCAACCAAUGUUGGUCUAAAUGCUGAAAAUGAGAUAAUACACACUCUUGCAUUCCUAGCAGGUGUCAUGAUUUGGUCACAGAUCACAGACCUACCAUUCUCUCUUUAUUCAACAUUUGUUAUUGAAGCUAAACAUGGUUUUAACAAGCAAACUAUUUGGCUCUUCAUUAGGGACAUGAUCAAAGGGAUUCUGCUAUCCAUCUUACUUGGACCUCCUAUUGUGGCUGCUAUUAUCAUCAUAGUACAGAUUGGAGGGCCCUACCUGGCAAUAUAUCUAUGGGGGUUUAUGUUUGCAUUAUCUCUUGUGAUGAUGACCAUAUACCCCAUCAUGAUAGCUCCUCUGUUCAACAAAUUCACUCCUCUUCCAGAAGGAGUUCUCAGGGAGAAAAUAGAGAAAUUAGCAGCUUCACUCAAUUUUCCAUUGAAAAAGCUUUUUGUGGUGGAUGGGUCAACCAGAUCAAGCCAUAGUAAUGCAUACAUGUAUGGUUUUUUCAAGAACAAGCGCAUUGUUCUCUACGACACAUUGAUUCAGCAGUGUAGUAAUGAAGAUGAAAUAGUUUCUGUUAUUGCACAUGAACUUGGGCACUGGAAACUCAGCCACACUGUGUAUUCCUUUGUAGCUGUCCAGCUCCUUAUGUUCCUGCAAUUCGGAGGAUAUACACUAGUAAGGAACUCCAAAGAUCUCUUUGAAAGUUUUGGUUUUGAGGAUCAGCCUGUAAUAAUCGGGCUGAUCAUAUUUCAGCACACUAUAAUACCUGUCCAGCACCUACUGAGUUUUUGCCUCAACCUUGUCAGUCGGGCAUUUGAAUUUCAGGCUGAUGCUUUUGCCAAGAACCUUGGGUAUGCUCCUCAGCUCCGUGCAGCCCUUGUUAAACUACAGGAAGAGAACUUAUCUGCAAUGAACACAGAUCCGUGGUAUUCAGCAUAUCACUACUCCCAUCCACCCCUUGUUGAAAGGCUUUCUGCUCUUGAAGACCCAGACAGCAAAAAGGAAAACUAACAGAAAGUUGAUCUACCUGAAACCUCGAAGUCUACCCUUCUAUGGUUUGCCUUGUGGUGCCAUCGAUUCGUUCUCAAUGUUUGGAUGUUAAUGAAAUGUGUGAUACAUGAGUUCUGUAAGCGUUCAACCAUUUGUCAUACUCAUACAGGGGUACGUAGGCAACAAUGUAGCUCUCGAUGAAAACAGUUGCC